UCAAUGUCAACACUUUUGUUUGAAUUUCGCACAAUUUUUUCAGUGUGUUUGAAGAUUUUAAUUGCGUUUUUCAUGUUUUUCACAUUUAGUUAUGAAUAUUUUGUAAAAUGUCCAAAGUAAUUAACACAGAAGGCUAUAAGCCUGGCAGUAUAUACCGUGUAGCUUUGGAAAACUUCGUGACAUACAGACAAGUCGAAUUGUUUCCUGGGCGAUCUUUAAACUUGAUUAUUGGUCCAAAUGGAACUGGAAAAUCUACAUUUGUCUGUGCUAUUGUGUUGGGGUUAUGCGGUAAAACCAGUGUCAUCGGAAGAGCCAAAAAAAUAUCAGAAUACGUCCGCAGCGGCUGCCAACAGGCCUCCAUAGAGAUAGAACUUUAUAGAGAUGCUGGCAAGAGGAACGUCAUCAUCACUCGCACCUUCAAUCUGGAGUGUGCGUCGACGUGGAGCAUCGACCACAAAAGCGUCCGCGAGAAACAAGUGCAAGAGCUGAUCACUGGCAUGAAUAUUGAGGUCGACAACCUCUGCCAAAUGCUGCCGCAAGACCGAGUGCAAGACUUCUCCAAGAUGGACCCUCAGCAGCUGCUCCGUAGCACCCUCUCUGCAGUUGGGGGGCAGGAGUCUGUCAGCCAACUGGACGAGCUCAUCGAGACCAGGCAGAAACAACGGAGCAUCGGGACCAAGCUGACAAGCAAUAUGCAGCUACUGCAAGAGCAGAUUCGACUUAAUGAGAGACUAAAACUCCAAAUCGACGCCAUGCAACAAAGGAAAGAGAUUGAAGAAAAAAUCGAGUUGUGUGAGAAAAAGAAACUCUGGCUGGAAUACCAAGACUUGAGGGAGAAAGUGAUAGAAUACACGAAUGACAAGAAAGAAGCAGUCAAACUGGUCAACUCUCACAAGAGCAAAGUGGAGCCGCUAGAGAAAAUCAUGGAGAUGGCUAAGAGAAGCAUCAGCCAGUUGGAGCAACAGAAGUUGGCUGCUAGUCGAGAAACACUCAAGAUCAAGGACAAAGUUAAAGAGACACUCGAAAGCAUCAAAACUCAGCAGUACCGCAUCAAAGAGAUUGAAUCUUCACUUCAGGAGAAGAUAGAAAGGCACAGAAACAGACAGAGAGAAAUAGAUGAGGCUAAAGCGAAGUUGGAUAAACUGGUGACAGAUAAAAAUAAACUGGUGGAAACUGUCGGAGAUGAAACAAAAGUGAAGCUAGACCUAGAUGAACUAAAGAACCCGCUUCGAAACACAAACCUGGCGAUCGAUCGACUGAAGAAAAACAAGGGAGAGGUCCAAUACGAUCUAGAGACCAAUGUCUCACCGCAAAUUAGGCUAUAUCAGAACAAAAUCCGUCAACUACAAGACGUGGGUGAGAAGCGUCUGGCUGUCCUCCGUGAGUCUAGUGAAGAUGCGUACAAGGCGGUGAUGUGGCUGCGACAGAAUAGAGACAUGUUUGAGGAGGAAGUGUACGAGCCUAUGGUUUUAGAGAUAAACUUCACAGACCAGAAAUUCGCGCGAUACCUCGAGAACACAGUAGCUAACCGCGACCUACUAGCGUUUACCUUCACUAACAGUAGAGACAUGAAUCUGUUCAUGAGAACUGUAAGGAGUGAACUCAAGUUGAAGAGGGUCAACGCUGUUUGCAGCAGUCAGGGAGGCAGUAUGCAUCCUCCGAAGAGUAUUGAUCAACUCAGUUACCUAGGCUUCUACACAUACCUAGUCGACACGAUAACGGCUCCAGACCCGAUACUGAGGUAUCUGUGCAAGCAGUACAACAUACAUCGUAUACCCAUCGGCAAUGAACACACGUAUAACAAUAGUGGGAAAGUGCCGCCUAAUAUUACGUACUUCUUUACUGAAAACCAUAGAUUCGUGGUUCGCGUCUCAUCCUACAGUGGAGUGAAGUCGAGCUCUACCAUCGAGAUUCAGCCGGCGAAGUUAAUGACCAACAGUAUGGACGUAGAAAAACUAAACAGCUUUAAUACCCAAUUAGCACGGUUCGAACAGACAGCGACAGAACAUGCAGCUAAAUUAAAAGAAUUUGACAAAAAAAUCGCACUUCUAGAGCAAGAUUACAACGCGUUCGUUCUAAAGAGGAAGAAGAUUAUGGAUGGAGUGGAAAAGGUGAAAACAAUAACAACACAAAUCCGCCUGCAACAAAGCUCGAUACGCGGUUUACAAUCAGAACCAGCAUUAGACAUAGAGGAGGAGCGGGGACGGGCGAUGAGGAAACAUAAGGACAGUGUGCUCAAACAAUGCAGGCUACAUGGGGAGUUGAAGGACUUAGUGGCGAAGCUGCAUAGGGCUGAUGUUAGCAUGUUUCAGAUGAAACUGGAGUUGAGCAGAAACGCGAUAGUCCAACAAGAGUCAGAAUUGCGGGAACUGAAGCACGAAUUGAGGAAUACACAGGCAACACUAGAAAACAUCGAGAACCUUCUAACGCGAGCGAAAUCGACUGCCAAAGAGAAGCUUCUAGAAGCGAAACAAUCCUGCAACAAUAAGCUACCGCAAGACCCGAGUUUUCCAUACAAAGAGGAAUUUGAGGCGCUACCGACGACCAUGGCGGCUUUGAUGGAACAUUCUGGAGAGUUGCAGACCAGGAUAGACAUUAUGGACAAGGGGGAUGAUCAGGUGAUAAAAGAAUACGAAGAGCGAGAGAGGACGAUCAACAAGCUAAAAGCCGACGUUAACAACUCCAGUUCUGUCAACAAACAGAUGGAAGACAAAAUGAUACAACUCAGAGAAGCAUGGCUCCCGCCAUUGGAAGAGUUGCUGCAGGGUAUCGGAGUUACGUUCGGAGACAUGUUCGCUAAGAUGGGAUGCGCGGGGGAAGUUAAACUGGACAAGGGGGGAAGCGACGAGGACUACGACAAAUACGGCAUAGCCAUCCUGGUCCGCUUCAGAGACAACGAGUUGCUACAACAGUUGACCCGACACACUCAGUCGGGAGGCGAGCGAGCUCUUACUACCGCCAUCUAUUUGAUGUCACUGCAACUACGGGUUACCUCGCCUUUCAGAUGCGUCGACGAGAUAAACCAAGGCAUGGACCCUAUAAACGAGCGGAAAAUGUUCCAACUUCUGGUCAAAGUGACUACCGACUGCGACAACGGACAAUACUUCCUGUUGACGCCUAAGCUUCUUUCUAAACUAGAUUACAACCCAAAAAUAAUGGUGCAUACGAUACAAAACGGGAGAACUAUUAUGAACUACAAAAAGUGGAAACUUCACAAGUUUUUGGAGAGUGCACGCAACUAUACACCUUAAAUACAGUGCGAUAAGGUACUGAUUUGCGCGGCAUACCGUACGAGAUUAUGUUUAAGUUUAAGUAUAGAUGGCGCUGGGGUAGAUUUGGAAAAUCUAUUUGAAUUUCGAAAAUGUAUUUUUUUUUGUCGUUUUAAAAAUUCGUUGUUUUUUGAAAGGAUUUUAAAAUCUUGUUAAAAUGCUCUCUUUUUGUUGAAAUUUAGAACCCCAGUGGUAGAAAACACGAAAGCUGUGAUUCUGUAUAACGAUUACUUAGACUUUUUAAAUAAGCAUUUAUGUUAAAUUGUGUUCAGUAUUUGCUUAAUGCAGAUUUUUGUCUUCUGUAACUGAUUUUUAACCUGAAAAACGGUACAAACUAGUAUAACGACUUGCCAUAAACACAUUCAAUAACGAAAACUAACCGAAGAUAUAUUAUCGUAAAAGGUAAAAGCCGGCUGAACCGAUUUUGAUAAAAUACCUCUUUGGAGAAGUAGUAAUAUUCUAAUAGUGCUUUAACAUGGUUAUGGAGAUGGUACCCAUCCAAAUCAGUUCAUCCUACAUUCCGCCUCAUUGUCCUUUCGGUUUUAUAAAUAACAGCAUCACAAAACAUAGUCCUUUAGCGAACUCUUGUUAGAAUGUUUUUAAACAGUAUUGAUAUGAUGAUAAUAAUUUUAUAAAUAUUUAAUUCUCUAUAUGACCGAAUUCUCUAUUUUGUAAUUGUAUGAUUCCAUUGAAAAUGACAGUAUAAUUGUAAAAAAUGUGUUAUAAUUUUUUUAUUGUGAUCAAUAAAUACUUUUUAAAUUUUCAAGGCAGUGUUUUAGUUUGUACAAAUACAAGUCUUAAAUAAUAUUUAAUAUCAUUAGGCAAUAUAAAGAGAUAAUUUGUUACAAAGCAUACUU